AAUGGCGGAGAGCGGCUCGGUCCCCAGUGAUCUGUAUCGACAUAUUUACACGUUUCUUCUGGAGAACAAGUUCACCAAAGCUGCGAAAGAAUUCCUAAAGCAAGCUAAAGUCAAACCCCAGGAUCAAAAUGAAGAAGGGCUCCUUGACAUCUUCAACUUUUGGAUUAAAUCUCCGGAGUCUAGAAAACGUAAAGCGGUUACCAACGGUCCGUCUGCGAAGAAAGCGAAGAAGGACGCAGAGAGCUCGAGUUCUGAAGAUUCAAGCAGCGACGAGGAGGAUAAGCCACCUGCCAAGAAAACACCUCAGGCACUGGUGAAAAAACAUGCAGCUGCUGAAGAGUCUAGCAGCAGCGAGGACUCCAGCGACCCUGAGGUAGCCACAAAGACCCCCGCAAAGAAGGCCACAGCGGUGAAACCAGCGCCCCAGCCCCCUGCGGCAGCCGCCAGGAAGAAGGACACAAGCUCCAGCAGCGAGGAUUCCGACUCGGAGGAAGAGGCACCCAAACCUCCUGGCCCAGGGGCCAAGCGUGCAGCCGCGGCCCCUAAAGGCGCAGCUGCCACUGCAGCUCAGAAGAAGCAGGAGAGUAGUAGCAGCAGCAGCAGUAGUGAGGAGUCAGAGGACGACGCCCCAGCUAAGCCAGCAACGAAGGCCCCUGCUCAGAUGAAGCCCCCAGCCACUAAAGCUCCCGCCACAGCGGUUACCAGCGACAGCAGCAGCGACUCCUCAGACGAGGAGGUGGCGGCUCCUCCCAGCAAAAAAGUCAGAACAGGCCCAUACAGCGCCGUGCCACCGCCCGUGGCCCAGACAGCACGCACCCCAGCAGCUAGAGACGACGAAGACAGCAGUGAGGAGGAGGAGAAGGCGGCGAAGGUGAAGAAAGCCCCCGCGAAAGCAUCUGCGAACCAGGAAGAAGACUCGUCAUCCAGCUCAGAGGAGGAUGAAGAGGAGGCAAAGAAGCCGGCCUCCAAGGUGAGGCCAGCGAAAGCCCCAGCCGCCAAGGCCACGCCCGCCAAACCUGCCCCAGCCGCCAAGGCCACGCCCGCCAAACCUGCCCCAGCCGCCAAAGCCAAGGCCGCAGCCCAGGAGUCUUCCUCAUCCUCCAGCUCGGAGGACUCAGAUGAUGUAGCAUCAAAGACGGCUGCAAAGGCCCCGGCUGUGAAGGUUCCAGCCGUGAAGGCUGCCUCUGUCAAGGGCACCCCAGCUAAAACUACUGCAGCUAAGGCUGCCUCCACCAAGGCUGCCCCUAAGCCUGCAGAAGAGUCAUCGUCCUCCAGCUCAGAGGAGUCUGAUGAGAGUGAGAAGGCCAAACCAGCUGCGAAGACUCCCCCCACCAAGGCGGCCCCUGUGAAGAAAGCAAAGUCUUCCAGCUCAGUGGAAGUGCCCAAGACUGCGCCCAAGACUGCGCCCAAGACUGCGCCCAAGACUGCGCCCAAGACUGCGCCCAAGACUGCGCCCAAGACUGCGCCCAAGACUGCAGAGAGCAGCUCAGACUCCGACAGUUCCUCUGACGACGAGGAGGCUCCCAAGAAAACCACUGCCCCUGCGGCCUCCAAACCGCCAUCCAAACCGGCCGCAAAGCCAGCCGAAAGCUCUGACUCGGACAGUGACAGCUCAGACUCCGACGAUGAGGCCCCAGCAGCCGUAAAGGCCAAACCCGCAGUGGCAGGCUCCACUGCCGUAGCCAAAUCUGCAGCAGUCAAACCCGCAGCCCAGUCCAGCAGCAGCGAGGACGAAAGCUCCAGUGAGGAGGAGGCGGCGAUGGUGAAGGGUAAGGUCGUCUCUAAGCCCGCCGCUGCCCCAGCCAGCGCCAAGAAGGCCGAGAGCAGCAGCGAUGACUCCUCAGACAGCUCUGACUCGGAGGCCGAACCUCCAAAGGCAGCGCCACCUACCAAGCAGGCUGUGACCAAUGGAAGAAAGGCGGUAGCCACACCACCCGCUUCAAAGAAUCCCACCAAAAAGACCCCCACCAAAAAGCCAGCAGAGUCCUCCUCCAGCGAAGACAGCUCUGACUCGGAGGCCGAACCUCCAAAGGCAGCGCCACCUACCAAGCAGGCUGUGACCAAUGGAAGAAAGGCGGUAGCCACACCACCCGCUUCAAAGAAUCCCACCAAAAAGACCCCCACCAAAAAGCCAGCAGAGUCCUCCUCCAGCGAAGACAGCUCUGACGAAGAGGAGGAGACGACGAAGGCACCGGUGAAGACCACACAUGCAGCAAAGAGCACGCCGGCCUCCAAAGCCAAGGCAAAGAGCAGCUCAUCGGAGAGCUCUUCAUCUGAGGAAGAAGAGGACACAGAAACUCCCAAGACUCCAGCCGACGGAACAAACAAGAAAGGAGGUGUGCAGAAAACACCCCAGAACAAAAAAGCGGUCAGCUCCACGCCACACUCUUUCCCCAAGGCCAAAAAUAAGACAAGCAAUAAUCCUUUUCGUAGAAUAAAAGACGAGGAGAUUGAGGUGGACCCCCGCCUGGCUGACAACUCCUUCACUGCUAAGAUGGGUGCCAGGGGAGAUUGGGGUGAGAAGGCCAAUGACAUCCUGAAACACACUAAAGGCAAGUCCUUCCGGCAUGAGAAGACCAAGAAGAAGCGCGGCAGCUACAGGGGAGGAGCCAUCUCCACCACAGUGAACUCCAUCAAGUUUGACAGCGAAUGAGAUCAGGAGCCAGAAGCAUUGCAUUUCCUCGUGACCAGCUGAGCCCUGUGCCUCUAGCCCAUGCCCCUCCCACGCAACAGUUGGUACUGCUUGGCCCUCCUGACGGGCUAUAGGGUAGUGCUGCAUUUAAGCCAGUAAUGGACAGUCUGGACUAGGCCAGAGCAGACAAGCAGGCUGUGUGUCCUUCCCGCCACCUCAAAUUAGUUCACCUCAGCUGCAGUUCUAUUCAUCAGCCACUAGGUGGUGUACUUUCACUGAUUUGCUUCAGCUUCUCUGCGCAGAAGUCUUUUUUUUUUCUUUUUAAUGGUGAUUUAAUUGGUGCAUAUAGAUCAGAGAUGCUUUGGUCAUGUUGUUGUAAACAUGUUAGAGACAUGUUUGACUGAAUUGACUUAAUUAAUUAAUUCUCCAUUAUUGUCUGAUUGGUGUUUGUCACACGGUUAAACUCCCUUUUACUCAACUGUUUACUUUGGACACAAAAUGGAUAAAAUACUUCUUUUAUAUAUGUAAUAUCUGUUAUGGACAUUCAGAUUGAAUUGUAUGAGCUUCAUACUGUGCGAGUUAUGGGCAGGUGAAAAAUCACUGUAAUCAGCCUGGCUAUAGAGCUUGAGUCUAAAGACUUGGGUGUAGUCCACCAUGUAAAUAAGGCAGGUACCAGUGACUGCCCACCAGUGUGGAACAGACAGCCCUGAACCCUCCUGUAAUACUAACCAUUUACAACUUUGCUGUUUUUAGUUUUGGAUUGUUAUUUAAGUCACAACUGUUCUACUUUUGUCUUUCAUUUAUCAAAUUGUUUAUAAUAAAAAUUAGAAAUGCCUCUGUCA